GUUCCCAGCGACACCCGGAAGGAGCGGAGGAGCCGCGCACAGUCGGGGCCGCGGCGGCAGCGGCGGAGGGGGCGCUGAUCUGGUUGGCACCAUCGUGUGCUGUGUGGAAAUGCGCCAUGCCUGGGGGCCAGGACACUUCCUGAUGCAGAAUAAGAAAACCUGUUGUUGGUAGGUGACCCAAGACAGCCAGAACAAGCAACCUCAAGGCCACACUGUGAGGGCUGACAGCUGACAGCUGCCUUCUCUGUCUGCUUCAGCCCUACACUGAGGUUACCAAGAUUCAAACAUCACUGAUUUCCCUUGCCUCAUCAGGGCUGUGUGAAGAAACAGGGAACUCUGUGCCCUUCUUCCCUUGGCUCACAGGGAUAACUCUGCAUCAAAGCUGCAGUGCCCGUGGAUUAUGACCACAGGGGAGCUGUGUUGCAUCUGCAAAUCUCUGUUGUGCAUCAAGGGCACAUCUGAACAGAGCCACUGUGGACACUGAAGAGCUGGAGAGGACGUUGCAGAGGUUCGGAGGCACACCGUGAUGGUGGGAGCCAUUCCACGGCAGCCACGCCGCUUCUGGGGGGUGCCUGAGUGGCAGGCGUCUUCAGCGAGCUGUGCCAACGUCCGCCUGCUGCGGGGCACGUGGGCUAAUCCGGACACAAGCAGGGAUGCCAUGCUGCAGAGCGCCUCAUAGUAGAGGGCUCACACAGAGAUCCUGAGUGAGAGGGGGUCCAGCUUCCACCCCCUGCCCUUGCACCCUAACCUGUGGCACUUUACAGCCCCCCUCCUGCUGCUGCAUGGGCUCUGCUCGGAGUCCCAGCAAGUGAGGCUCCAUGCGGCACAUCCACACAGAGACGUCUCUGCCCCCGGAGCGCAGCACAGAGCCCAGCCUGUCCCGGCCCAGGGGGGAGACACCCUUGGAGCCUUCCUCGCAGUGCUGCACCCACCGCAGCAUCCUCAUGGGCUACAAUGAGACAGAGAUCAAGCGCCAGAAGGUUUACCAGGUGUCCAUCUUCUCCCAUCUCUCCAGCUCCUCUGAGAGCACGGAGCAGCGGGCAGGCACCCGGCCAGCUGUCAAGAGGGGAUACCCUGAGCAGAGAACUCUGGAGGGGGGGCGAGAUCCCAAACGAACUCACUGGGGUGACAGGGGGGUGGAUGGGGGCCCUGGGCAGCCUUCCCUGGAUGAUGACGAUACCUUUGAGGAUGGUCUGCUGGUGGAGGAGCUCUCCCUUUGUGGCUCUGCCCAGCACUUCUCCCACAGUGGGCUGCGGGUGGUGGAGCACCGCUGUGAGGGCAGCCCUAGCCACAGCCCCAAGGCCAGCAGAGAGGACAAGUCGCAGGAUGUCUCCUUCUCCUCUUUCUCCUCCUCCUCCUCCUCUUCCUCCUCCUCCUCCUGACCCCAGCACAUUGCUUGCAGUACUUUGCACAUGAGAGACAGUUGCCCUGUCUCAUCAGGGGAUCAGCCCAUAGACUAUGGAGAGAAUGGGGAGCCGGCAAGUGGCCACAAUGUACUUCACCUUGACUUGCACAGUAUUGCACAAACAACCCAGUUGGACCCUGGUGGGAAGAGAGACAAGCCAGGGAGCAGCCCAGCUCACAGCAGCAGGGCUGGUGAAGCGGAAGGGCCAGCAGUGGCCAAUGGGUGCAGGGAGUCCCCAGUUCCGCAGACAGCGCUCAGCCCUGAGCCCAGCAGCCUGAGCUCCCAGGAGAUGACACCCUGUGGGAGCAGCCAGCUCAGCAGCACCUGCCCAGCCAAAAGGAAGUUGCUGCCUGCUGGUGAGGUUAUGGCCGACUCCUGCUCUGAGGAUGAGAGCCUGUCCCCACCAGCAAGGAAGAAGAGGGUCCUGCCAUGCCAUCCUGUGCCCACAGCCUGCCGCAGCACUGAUGCCAAGGGAGCUCCAUUCUGGAAUCACCUGCUUCCUGCAGCCAAGAGCUCUUCAGAUUGCACUGCGGUUGGGAGGAGGCUGAAGAGUGGGCUGCGUCUCAAAUCGCGACAUUUCCGGACCAACCUCCGGAGGAGCACUAGGUCCCCCACAGUGCCCUGGGCCACCACCACUGUCAGCCAUGCUCUGCUGGGCAACUUUGAGGAGUCCAUCCUGAAGGGGCGCUUUGCACCAUCGGGGAGGAUCGAGGGUUUCACAGCAGAGAUCGGUGCCAGUGGCUCCUACUGUCCCCAGCAUGUCACCCUGCCUGUCGACGUCACCUACUUCGACAUCUCUGAACACAGCGUGCCCUCGCCUUUCCUGGGAGUGAUUGACUUGGAGGCCUUGGGAAAGAAGGGUUACAGUGUCCCCAAAGCUGGAACCAUCCAAGUGACCUUAUUUAACCCCAACAAGACUGUGGUGAAGAUGUUCUUGGUGACAUACGACUUCCAGGACAUGCCGGCCAACCACAUGACCUUCCUACGCCAUCGCAUCUUCCUGGUGCCCGUGGGGGAGGAAGAGGGGUGCACAGUGGCCCCCAGUGACCCACUGGGCACCAGCCCACCCCGCAGGGUCCUCUGCUACCUGAUGCAUCUAAGGUUUCACAGCUCCAAGUCAGGGAAGAUCUACCUUCAUGAUGACAUUCGGCUGCUUUUCUCGCGCAAGUCGAUCGAGGUGGAUUCGGGGAUCCCCUACGAACUGAAAUCCUUCACAGAGAUGCCGCGGAACCCCUGCUACUCACCCCGGGCCUGACCUUCUUCACUCCCUGCCCCCCAGGGCCACUGGGGAGCCUCCAGCCCAGCAGGCUGGGGAGAGAUGAGUAAAGGGCCAGCAAGCACUGCUUUGAGAUAUCACCCACCCCUCCUGACCAGCACGGACACCACGCUCUGCAGCAGGGCUGGGAUCACCCAAGGGCCUUCACCAAGAGGGGCAGGGGCUGAGGAGCAGCCCUGGCACCCCAGGGACAUGUCCAAGCCUUCUGCUGGCACUGCUCCCAGCUUGGAGACUUGGCUGUGGCUGAGGUGGGUGGGUGUGGAGUGAAGAGUUGGACUGGAGUUGUGAGCGAGACCACCCACACUGGUCUCGGGUCUGGGAGCAGAAAGCGUGGAAAAGUUUGUAUUUAUUAGUAUUUAUUGUUGCUGGGAGCGCAGAGGAGGCUCGUGCAGAGCAUCAGAGGUGCUGUGCUUGUUCUUCCCCUCAGCCCUGCCUGCACCAGGGGAUGUUCAGGCAGGGCUGUGGGGACUGUGAGGCCUCAGCCCAUGGAAGAGAGUGACCCAGUGCUCACACAGGGUGCAGCGCCCAGAUCAGGGGUGUAUUAAAAGCCCAGUGACAGGCUGAGCCUCGCUGGCACCAGCUUUGCAGGGCCAGCCCAACUCCAAGCAGCUUGGAGAGGCUUGUGCUUAUCUUCUCAGUCUUUUAGGGUAAGCCAGACCCCAAGAGACCUAAGGCUGUCAAGGAAGUGGCCACUGCCAGGUUCCUGAAGGUAAGAGACACAGCUGCCACGUGGAUGGGGACCUGGAGCUCUUUGCAGGAAUAUGGGGAUAGCCCUUUGGGCAAGAGCCUCCAGAGCACGUGAGCUGUGAAUCUGAGAAGAUUGCCAAAAAAAAAAAAGGAACUUUGCACUGUCUGUGGCUGGGGGUGAAUCCCAUGCAGGAGGCAGCUUUGGGCAGGGUCUGCCGGCAGGGUGAUUGGGGGCUGGAGGAUGGUCAGGAACCCCAGCUUAGAAAAAUAGGGAAAUGGGGAAGCAACAGAGGAAAUCAAACUCUGGGAGUUGGGUUGGUUGCUCAGGAACAGGACUGAGAGAAUCCAGACUGGGGCAGUCAGAGGGACAGGGCCAAGGGUAAAACAAGCUUGCACAUUUCCUGUCUGUAUCACCUGCCUGCCCUCUGAGGGUCUCAGCAAGGCUCCCCUGCCAGCCCAGGCUGUGGAGAUCCUCAGCCCCUUCGUCAGAGAGAACAAAAGGGGGGCAGGCCCGACCCCAUCAACUCCUACCCCUGGGGCUGAGGCUCAGUGUGGGGAUGGGCCAGGACAGGGGGCUGUGGCGGCGAGGUCCUGCCCGGGGGCGGCCGAGGGGCUCCGGCCCUGCUGCUCUGGGGUCAGGAAGCCUGAGCCUGCCCAUAUACCCACAGUGGGGCCUGAACCCCCACAGGGAGCCUUUGAACCCCCCUCACACCGGGGGUUGCUCCCCCCAAACGGGGCCCUGGAUCCCCCAAACCGUGGAUCUGAACCCCAAAAACACCGGGCGCCGCUCCCCACUGCCCUGGCCAGCGGCUCUCGGGGGCCGCCAUGACACCGGAGUCCCCCUCGCCCCAGGUCACCGGGGCUGCCCCUCUCGCCGUGGCCCUGCGUGCUCGCGAAGGCCGUGCCGGUACUUUUCGUGUUCGUUUCUAAUUUAAUAAACGUCCAUUUGGAGC